ACCUCCAUCUACUUGCAGGAAUCAACAAAUCAAACCAUGGCUGCUGGCCUUGACACCGUGCAGCCCUCGCUGCCAUAUCACGAGCCCGACAUUGUCACCAUCCUGGUUCAGUCAUCCUUUCUGCUCCUCCUCAAUCUCAUCAAUGCCUUGUUUGACCGACUGCUAUACUGCGGCCUGCUGGGCCAGGUCUUGGUGGGCAUUGCAUGGGGCACUCCUGGCGCCAAGUGGCUCUCCAUUCAAGUCGAGCAAGUCGUUGUUCAGUUGGGAUAUAUUGGUCUGAUUCUCCUUGUUUAUGAAGGCGGUCUCUCGACCUCUUUCCCUUCCUUGAAAGCUAACCUCCCCCUUUCCUCCGCCGUCGCCUUGACCGGCAUUGCUCUUCCCAUCGCGCUGUCUUACACCCUUCAAGGUCUCCUGAAUGCCACACCACUCCAGGCUUUCGCCGCGGGCGCAGCACUAUGCUCCACCAGCCUCGGAACUACAUUCACCGUGCUCUCUUCUAGUGGUUUGUCCAAGACGAGACUGGGUGUUGUUCUUUCGAGCGCCGCCAUGAUGGAUGAUGUCGUUGGCCUGGUCAUGGUUCAGGUCAUCUCCAAUCUUGGAAACAACAGCGACAAUAUCGGCGCGGUAACUAUAGUUCGCCCCGUCCUGGUGUCUUUGGCUUUUGCUGUUGUCAUUCCCCUGCUGUGUCGAUAUGUUGUUCUUCCUGUAACUGUACGCUUGACCUCGUACCGUAAAUCACAUCCCGAUGCUGUGGUGAGCAGGUCGCUGAUGAACCAUCAAACGGCUUUUGUCACACACACUCUGCUUUUGAUAGCACUAGUGACUGCUUCUAGUUAUGCAGGGACGUCGAACCUUUUCGCAGCGUACAUUGCUGGGGCAACUGUCAGUUGGUGGGACAGUGAAGUGCCGCACCCAUCAGAGCAUAUAAAUACUCCUCCAGCUCAAAACACGCCAUCUCACCAUGACGAAGCUCCUGAUCAGGAGCAAGAAGCUAGACAAACCUCUGCCAGGAACGUGCAACCCGGUAUUAGCACCAAACCCCAGCCAGAGACAACAGGGUCGGCCAUUUAUGAACGAUAUUACCAUCAAGCCGUGUCCCGAAUUCUGCAGCCGCUCUUCUUCGCGUCUAUCGGCUUCUCUAUCCCAAUCACCCGCCUGUUCCGAGCUUCGAUUGUCUGGCGCGGCAUUGUCUAUACCGUCCUCAUGGUGCUUGCCAAGAUGGCUUGCGGAUUAUGGCUUGUGCGAAUAUCCCUACCAUUUGCCAAAUUCCAGCAGUUGCUAUACAAGUACAAGCCAAAUAUCAAAAUGCCAUCGGUGACGCAUUUUUGGCAGAAACAUACAAAUUCGAACACUGAAAACGAACCGUCUGGACCUCCAGGUCAUAGUGCAGAGCCCGACACCACCACCCAGCAAGAAACUGUGCCGUCUCUACGUGCUAGAGAAGAAACCUCACAUACAUGCUCGGCGUCAAAACCCGUCUCCAUUCAGCCUGCAUUGAUUCUGGCUUGCGCCAUGGUUGCGCGAGGUGAGAUUGGUUUCCUCAUUUCAGCCGUUGCCGAAUCCAACGGGGUCUUCUCCCCAACGAGUGGCGAUUCGUCGUCGGAAUCAGAGUUGUUUCUCGUGGUGACAUGGGCUAUUGUGUUGUGCACUGUUCUUGGCCCGUUGGGCGUUGGCUUGACGGUUCGCAGAGUGAAGAAGAUGCAGGAUGCUAGAAGGGACGGUGGCAGGGACGUAUUGGGAGUAUGGGGUGUAGACUCUGGGUAA